GAGUUUAGAAUCUGUUGCUAUACCUUGAAACAUUGAUUAAAGAUAAUUCUCUAGAAAACAAUUAUGUUAUUGCCUCACGUGACACUGGUAAAAUGACUCGAAUAAUCGAACUAUGGCACUGACAGCGAAAAGAGAUAUUCUGUGUAUAAGUACACAAAAGCCGUGCCUGGGAUUGCGGUGAAAUAUUCUAGUUGAAUUCGAAAUCACCACAUCGGAGAGAAAUGACUUGACUGGUGGUUAUAUGUGACAACUGCUAGAGACUUCGAUCACUCAGUGGUGAUCAUGGUUGGAAUAUUUUGGAUAACUAUUUUGUUUGAAGUGGCCGGGGCCAUUUCCAUCACAACACCAGGAAACGAUACCCGAAUCAGUCUGACUCCUUUCGGAAUAACUGCAGAAAACCGUACGUUUUUUAUCUUCAAAUUAAAAGCAUGUGGAUCGGCCCACAUAUUUCUGUUGGAUUCUGAAACCAAUCCAACCAAGAUUAAAGAGUUCAUCUUUGGAAAUAAAGCAAAUACAAAAUGUGAAUUUGCAGACCACACCGAAAUCGCUACAUAUACAAAAUUUUCCUACGCGUGUUCGAAUGCAUGCAACGUAUUUGACGAGUACUGGAUAUCAUGGACUGAUGAAAAUUCGGACGGGUCACAAGACUGGACAAUGGGGUACGGCUCUGUACUAUUUAAUAACUCUAUUGGACACUCUCCCCUGACUGGCUCAACUUUCAAUCCCAGCUAUAUCGGAAUUUCGUCUUCAAAUCAACCUGCCUUUUGGGAAUUCAUCACGCAAGAAACAACAAAAUCAGAGACAACAACACAGUUACCAGAGACAACAAGUCAGUUAGCAGAGACAACAACUCAGUUACCAGAGACAGCAACACAGUUAGCAGAGACAACUUCAACAAGAGCAAAUGUCGUUACAACUGAGGUGGUAAUAUCAACAACACCAGUACUAUCAACUUCAACAACAUCUUCAUCGACGAUAUCAACCUCCACACAAGCCGAUCAACCAUCCACAAGUGGACCCGCUGAUAAUCCGUUCUGCUAUUGUUCCUUUAACAGAACAUGUGAUUACUCCAGAAAUUAUACAGACGAGGAAAUAGCACAGUUGAUUGAUGCCAUGAUUCAGGAGUUAAAAGUCAGCGUAAAAGACACCAAUGCUUACAAAAGGAGACUGAUUUCCGCACCAGACGACAGACCGUCUGCUCAGUAUGUGGGCAGUGUGGGAGCACUGGUCAUCGGCUUCGUGAUUUUGGGAAUAGUACUUAUGGACCUUCCCCGUGUUGUAGUUUUCUUCAGAAACGACAAAACAACUGAAAAUGUAAGAAAAAUGUCCAAAUCUAGGAAAAAACCACAAAAAUGAAAUGUGUUGCCAAUUUCUAUUACAUUUUUUAAAUGCUUACAUUCCACUGUAUUUGGAUCAGAGACGGUGCUUGUAUAUUGCGAUGUUAUACGGAAAAGGACGAAAGAAAAAAUACAGGCGACACGCUGUGAAAUAAAUAUUCUUUGCAUACUAGAAUCGUGUUUCAAAAUAAAGUUGACUGGUAUGUUU